CAGCAAUAAACCUUUUCCGGUGUAGUCCGCCCUAAACACCACCAAAGAAGAAGAAGGUGCACGAUUGAGCAUCAAAUAUCAAAAAUAGUGCGAAUUAUUAACUGAAGUUAUCCUUCGCAAUUCAGCAAAAAUAAGCCACCAGCACCAUGGCAACUUCACAGUCAGCCUUCGCAUUUGCAGUUUGUAUCCUGAUAAUAACAGAGUUAAUACUGGCCAAAAAGGACUACUAUGACAUAUUGGGAGUGCCGAAAGAUGCCAACGAGCGUCAGAUAAAGAAGGCUUUUCACAAGCUGGCUAUGAAGUAUCACCCAGACAAGAACAAGAGCCCAGAUGCUGAGACAAAGUUCAGAGACAUUGCUGAGGCAUAUGAAACAUUGUCAGACGAGAAGAGGCGACAAGAGUAUGACCAGUUUGGACAUGGCACAUUCCAUAACGAUGGAACCAAAGGCAGAAACGGGCCAAACGUCCACCAGCCCUUCAACUUUGGCGACAUGUUCAAGGACUUUGAUAUUUACAGCCAGAACCGGCACGCCCGUCACAAGAGGCACUUCGAGGAUCACUUCCGGGCCCACCAGGAGGCCCAUCACAGCAGACACAAGAGACACUCCCAGGGUGCUUUUGGAGCAGCAGGUGGUGGUGGCUUUGACGGCAUGUUUAACGACAUGAAGAAGUUUACUUUUCACAGGGACACUACUAAGCAGACUGAGAGCAGGUUUCAGAGUACUACCGCGAAGCAACACUGCAGAACAGUGACACAACGCAGGGGGAACAUGGUCACCACGUACACUGACUGCACUGGCUCCUGAGGACAGGGGCAACGUCCAUAUCCACAUCACUUGGGUUGUGUUCAUCAGGCAUGAAAUGGAAGAAUGCGGUUUGAAAUGGGGAGGUACUAUCUGAACCAAUUGUGGCUGAUGGGAGGAGCUAUAGGAGGACGGGCUCAUUGUAAUGGCUGGAAUGGAAUUAAUGGAACGGUAUCAAACAUAUGGAAACCCCGUUUGACUCCGUUCCUUCAUUCCAUUCCAGCCAUUUUUUAAAUGUUUUUUAUUUUUAUUUAACCUUUUAUUUAACUAGGCAAGUCUGUUAAGAACAAAUUCUUAUUUACAAUGACUGCCUACCCUGGCCUCCCCUAACCCGGAAGACGCUGGGCCAAUUGUGCGCCGGCCUAUGGUACUCCCGAUCACAGCAGGUUGUGAUACAGCCCGGGAUCGAACCAGGGUCUGCAGUGACGCCUCUAACACUGAGAUGCAGUGCUUUAGACUGCUGUACCACUUGGGAGCCAUUACAAUAAGCCUGUCCUCCUAUAGCUCCCCCCACGAGCCUCCACUGAUCUGAACUUGUCCAAUAAGAAAUGGUCGUUUUUUUUUCUCCAGUGCACAACAUUUUGAAAUGUUUCUCUAUGGUGUGCCCUAAUGAACAUGACCCUGCAACAGCUUGCAACUGGGCAGGCACCUGUGGUGGGAGCCAGGUGUUUUUGUUGAUGCUGUGACCUAAGUGCUGGUCAUUGCUACUUUGUUGAGUUAAAGUAUGUAGCUAAUGAAAACACUUUUGAGCAGACACUGUUUGUAAAACAAUCAAUAAUAAUAAUUCAAGCACUGAACAGCUUGUGAAGCUUAUUGCUCACAGUUUACAUCAAGUAUAGUUGAGAAUUUGAAUGUUGUAGAGGAUAAUCUUUUUGGGAAGUGUUCAGAAAUUGUUUUGUAUAUCCAUUUGACCAACGUUUCACAAACUCGGUGCACGUUUUGGUUUUUGCCCUAACACUUCACAGCUAAUUUAAAUUAUCAAAGCUUGAUGAUUAGUUGACCAUUUGAAUCAGCUGUGUAGUGGUAGGGCAAAAACCAAAACAUGCACCCCUUGGGGUCCCGAGGACUAAGUUUGGGAAACCCUGCAUUACACUAUCAUUCUAUGUACAGUAUAUUUAGUACCCCUCUUGAAUAUUUACAAAGUCUCUUACUCGUUAGCCAAAAGUGUUUAGUAACUCCUACCACUCCCAGAUCUAGACAUUUUCUGUGUGCAUUUAGUAGUUUGUAUAGCCUACACGGUUCCAUUGUGUGACUCCAGCCACCUUUAGUUGGAACAAAACUGUCAAACUAUUCAGCUCUACAAGAACUCGUAUGGCCAAGGGAACACAUUGGAGACUACUUGCAGUUCACGUAGCCAGCUGUUGUCGUUGCUGCUGUGUGCUGGCCAUUGCUUCUUUGUCAACAUCUUUCGUCCUGUCUGCGUGGACCACUUGAAUUCAUAAGCUCACGUUGGUGUAAAUACAAUCCAGUGUUGUUCAUCCAACACCUCAUUAAACAUCCGUUACCUGUUUCCCUAGACUGUAGACUAGAAAUGUACGUUAUCCAGUUUUGUUAUGUCGUGUGUAAAGCCAGCACUCCUUUUUUUGGUCUUUUUUUUUGCCACUGUUUGCUGGCUUUGUCGUUGUGAUACCUUGACCCAUAUAAGCACUUUCAUUAUUUUAAUCCUUUGGAUAAAAUGUGUUACUUUGACAGAAAAAUUGUGUAUCGUCCCUGUAAAUAAAAGUGUUAUAUAAAAUAGCAGAAAAUAAACUUUAUUUGCAUUCUU